AAACCACACCAAUGUGAUGUUUGUAAAAAGUGUUUUACUCAGAUAAGUAGGCCUACAUUUAAUGAGCACAUCAAAGUACAUACUGGAGAAAAACCUUAUCAAUGUGAUGUUUGUAAAAUGUGUUUUGCUGAGGCAAAUUAUCUCAAUGCUCACAUAUAA